ACAAUGUGUCUUCUGAUGCUUUUACUCAAAACCAUUUUUCCCUUGCCUUAAACAAUCCUAUUUUCUCCGGAUCCCAACACCACAAAUUUACCUUAAAAAGAAAGGGGUUGAAAAAGCUUAGUUGAUUCUUUCAAGCUGGCGGUUUAAUAUUAUUGUUUAUAGAAAACAUAGAAAAUAUCUGUGGAACCGCUGUUAAGACUUCUAAUCCUUUUUGAAGUUUUUACCACGGACGUAAAUAGAAAGUUGUUUUUGGAGAAAAUUUUGAGAAGCUCAUAUUUAGAUAUAUUUAUUGUUACGGACCUUGCUUAAAAAGAAUUUUGAGGAUUUCACUUUUGGACCUCUGAAGAGGAAGAGACGUUCAUUGGGGUAAAGUCUGAAUAGUCUUUAAAAAGAUAUAAAGUUGGAAAGAGUCAUAGAAAAGCUUUGAAAUAAAAGUUGAGUUUGGAAAGUCCAUUCUUCAUACUCAAAACUUUACCCUUUCAGGAUUUCCAUCUUGAAGUAUUUGUGUUAAAACUGCCUUUUGCAUAUUCAGGGAACCGAAGACUCCAAAAAUUGUUCUAGUUUUCGUAUUCAUCAUACAUCUUCUAGCUGGUCAUAUCUAUAUCUAUAUGGAUUGCUGAUCAUUCAAUAACAUCUUUGGGAUAGAAAGGACGUUUGGUUUUUACACCUUAAAUUAACUGCGAAUAGCCAGUACCAGCAUCAACGCCUUUGAAGAACUUACAGUUAUAUAUUGUGAUCUACAUUUUGGAACAUUCGUCUUUCUUUUAGUUUAUUAGCACCAAGUGCAUUUUUGUUUUCAUUUCUUUCCUUGUUGUUUUCCUUCCUUCGUUUGUUUUUUUUUUUUCUCUUUUUGCUCUUUAUUUUUGGCUAUAGUUUUUACUCAAAAUAUUCCCCUUUUUUCACCCGUUGAUAUAGCUUUACAAGCCUUAAAGAUCGCUAUGUUUGCUAGUCAUGUCAAGAAAACAAUCUAUUCGGGUGUAAACGUUUACGAAUGCAAUAUCAAUGGCAAUUUUUUAAUGAAACGAUGUCAUGAUCAAUGGAUGAAUGCUACUCAAAUUUUAAAAAUCGCUGAACUAGACAAGCCCAGACGGACAAGAAUUUUAGAAAAAUUUGCUCAAAAAGGCUUACAUGAAAAGGUACAGGGAGGCUGUGGAAAAUAUCAAGGUACGUGGGUUCCUCUGGAUAGAGCUGUUGAGCUUGCCCAAGAGUACGAUGUAUAUACCGCGAUAAGUUCUCUAUUGGAAUAUAAUGAGCCACAAAUGAACCCGGUCCAUUUAUAUACGCCUCAAAGCAUGCAGAAACCGUCGAAUAAACUAACCUCCUCCUAUGCUUCUAACAAUGAAUUCUGCGUUUCUCAGCCUUCUUCGGAACCGUAUUCCUCACAAGAACUACCCUCGGCUCCUAGAAUGCAAGACUUGUCGAACACAUUAAGCCUUCAAGCAAAUGUUUCUCAAAACCCCAUACUCUCCUCGGUAGACCUAAACGAUGCUCUUGGUAUCAAGGAAGUAAUUCCUACCUCAAAGCAUUAUUCUCAAGCCUUACUGGAUUAUUUUUUACUUUCAAAUAAUACUCAACCUCCAGAUUUCGUGUAUGAUCGACCUGCCGAUUGGGAUGUAAAUGCUAGUAUUGAUGAAGAUGGUCAUACCGCAUUACAUUGGGCGGCUGCUAUGGGGAAUCUAGAGAUGAUGCAUGCUCUCUUACAGGCUGAAGCUAACGUUGUGUCUGUCAAUUAUUUACAACAAACAUCCUUAAUGCGGUGUGUUAUGUUUACGAUGAACUAUGAUCUUCAGACUUUUGAGCUUGUAUCAGAACUUCUUCAGUCUGCACUCUGUAUGACUGAUAAUUUUGGUCAAACUGUUUUUCACCAUGUAGCACUUUUAGCUUCCUCUAAAUCCAAAAUGGAAGCAGCCCGCUACUACAUGGAUAUAUUACUUCAAAAUUUAACAUCAACUCAAUCUGUUGAAGUUGCAACCCAAAUACUAAAUGUGCAGGAUGAUCGUGGAGAUACGGCUUUGCUUAUUUGCGCUAGAAAUGGUGCUAAAAGAUGUGCAAGAUUACUUAUGGCUUUUUAUGCUUGUGCAACGAUCCCAAAUAACCAAGGGCAGUAUCCUUCAGAUUUUUUAACGUCAGAAGAAAUGGAGUUUCCUUUGCAACAGGAUAACUCAAAGGGAUUCUUUGACAAUAUUACGGCAGAAGGAGCCUUACGGUCUUUAACAAAUAAAAAUCCGUCAUUUUUAAAAAAUUCACUGAUGAAGAAUGCCUUACCAAACGUUUUAUCAAGGAUCAAAGAAUUGACGAAAUACCAUGAAAGUUCUCUUUCUGAUAAGCAGACUACGUUUAGUUUAGCGACAGAGGUGUUAGAACAAACCGUUCGCGAAAGCGAAACAAAUCAAAGACUUUGGAAUGAGGCUACCAAUAAUGAGCCAAACCAUCUCAUUAAUCAAAGAAUGGAGCUGAAAAAUACCUUAAUACGUUUACUCGAGUUGGUGAAGGCUGCAACCCAUCAAAUUGAGACUUUCCAAGCCCUUCAAUUAAAUAAGUAUGUCUCCUAUUUCUCCCAAAUUUGGGGCGAGAAUGAUGAACUUGAUUUAGUCGGAAGUCAUACAAUCGCUGAAGUUCCAUCGGUGUCUCGUAUGGAAGUUGACAGUAAUCCCUCUGAAUACGAGAAACAAAGGAUUGAGCUUGAAAAUCAACUAGCUGCAUUACAAAAAAGAAGGAAAGAAAAGAUUAUGGAGAUCUUGGAUAUGAUUUCGUUGGAUACAUUGUAUUCUUCUAAAACCAGGUAGCUCUUGGGUGAUAAAUUAGUGAUGAUAUUUCUAAGUUUUGGAUUAUUUCAAGUAUAACCAUCAUUCUUUUCUUGAAAUAUUCUAUUAAUUAUUUAAGAUGAAUUCACAAUUCUCUUGAUAGAGUACAGUGUGCAUUAUACUAAUAUUCAUCGUUGUUUGAAUAGGUUCUUGUGUAGGUUAAUAUAUUAUUAUUUUUCAUUUCAA